AUGCGGACUCUUCCUGAGGGUGAUUGUAUUAGUGAGGACACUGAACGUACUGCAGAAUUCAAAAUUAUUGAAUUGGACAUCGAAAAGUGGUGUCCAGCACUUAUUGAUUAUGUCAGCCAAGAAAUUAAAGACGAGAUGGAGAAAGAAGAAGAUUGGCUUAUUGAAAUUUUAUUUUAUGAUGUUAUUAAAAUGCUUCAUCCAGUCAUAUUUGAUAAAAUGAUCGAAGAAAGAUUUUCUGAUAAAGCUUCUCUAAUUGCAGUUCCGCCAAAUACUGUUCUCCGGGGUUCCGUAAUGUAUGGGUUAAAUAAAAAGGCUGUAGCGAAUCGAAAUCAACUAUGA